AUGCCGUUUCACAAUAUCCAGCAAAAGGAGGAAGACGCUGAACGACAUCUGAAUCCCAAGGAGCCUUCCGAAAAGGAGCAUCACCGUCUUCCAAGUCAAAUCAAUCAAGAUGGACCCAUCGAGAAACAACGUUUCGAAAACGCUAUGCUUGAUGGCAACAAGAACCAGAAAGAGUCCUCGACUCUCGAGUCUUCCAUUCCAGCUGGACCAAAUGUCUCGUCCAGAAAAGCCCUGGACAUGGUCAAUCGGUACAACAACAAAUCUGGCCCACGUCGUCGUCUGCUCUCGAUACAUUCUCUCUGCGAUUCUUUGCCCAAAAGGUGGCCAAAGAUGAAUGUGAAGUUGUUCGAAGGAUCCAAGAAGCCGAUGAGCCAUCCAGCCAAGUCCUGCAAGCCCAUACAAGUGGCAAAUUCCUCCAAGAACACCGUAGUGCAAAAAACUGGAUUCAAAUGGACCAUUGGAACUUCAGGAAGCCCGAAAAAUCCAAAUAUGAAAUCCACUCAGUCGUUCUAUAACAUCCCACUGAAUGUAUCGCCAAAGGAACAUGCGGACGUCUUCAAUGGGUCCCAGACCACUUUGACCAAGAACACGGCCAUUCAACCGCCAAUUCGAUUCAAAGAGAGCAUUGGAACUUCAAGAUGCGAGAAAAACCCGAAAAAGGGAUCCCAUGACUUCUCCAAGGCAUCCAAGAAAAUCAAGAAGUUGCAAAAGUAUGUAGGAGAUCUUGGAGAGAAGCAAAUUCGCGAAAUCCGCAAAUUUCAGGAGGAUGAAUCAGACCUCUCCUGCGACGAAAAGAUGUUCCUUGGUAUGUACCCAGCCCCGAAGUCGGAUCCCCCUGGUUUGUGUGAGCUCCUGGAGUAA